UAAGGGGGCGUGUCCCUGCAAGGGGUCGUGCGCGGAUAGUUAGCGGCUCUCCUCAAGCUUUGCCGUUCGCCGCCGCCGCCGCCUGAAGCUUUGAGCGCAGCUAGAGGCUUGGAGUGGUACCCCCGGGCGGGGUUCAGCCCUGCUCGGCAUGUUCCCUUCAUACUCCUUUAUUUUCUCUUUGGGCCUUUUCCUUCCUCUCCCGGUGACAGUUCGCUGCUCUUCCUCCCCGGGAUGCCGGCUCAAGACGGUGACUGUAUCCACGCUGCCGGCUCUGAGGGAGCGGGACCUGAGCUGGAGUGGGGCCGCCUCAUCGCCGCCUCCGGGACCCGCCGAUUCCCGCCUUCCCCUGCACGUCCGCAGUGAGGCGCCCGGGAGUGUGUCCGUAAGGGACGACUUGCACAACACCGAGCCGCCCUACUUCACUCUGGAGAUGUCAGGUAGUAUUGAAGACCUCUCCCUUGUGCAUUGGACCCAGCAGUGGUUGGAGAAUGGAACACUUUAUUUUCAUGUAUCAAUACGCCAAAUGGAGCUUACCUCCCGUAGCACCCCGCCAUCCAUACAAGAACCCCCACAGGAACUAGAUGAGCAGCUACAUGUUCUCCAUGUGUCGGUCAUGGGAGGACUCAUUGCACUGUUGAUGCUUCUUCUUAUAUUCUCUGUUGCCUUGUAUGCUCAACGGCGGUGGCACAAGCGGCGGAGGAUUCCACAGAAAAGUGCCAGCACCGAAGCAACUCAUGAGAUCCACUACAUACCAUCUGUACUUUUGGGACCCCCUUCACGUGAAUUUCGUGGAUCCCGGUUGCAGUCCCACAACUCAGUUUUGGGAAUGCCUAUCAGGGAAACCCCCAUUCUGGAUGACUAUGAUUGUGAAGAAGAGGAUACUUUACGUUGUUCAGAGAGAGGAGCCCAAGUUGCUGAAUACAAAAACCACGUCAGUCAGGAAAGAGAGGAUGAGAAGAAUGAAACAGAAAAAAGAACUCCUCUUAGUUUCCGGCGAUCAGAAGAAGACUCUGGUUCAGAAACGGGGGAUGAAACCCAGCUGACAUUUCGCGCAGAACAGUACAGAAAUCAAAGGAGAAGCAAAGGUGUACUGAAAAGCCCUUUGAGCCGGACAGCCCUGACACUGGUCGGGGUGAGUGCCUGUGUGUUGGCUGUUGUGUGCGGGUCACAGCUGUCCUGUCCGCUCACUGUGAAGGUUACGUUGCAUGUACCAGAGCACUUCAUUGCAGAUGGGAGCAGCUUUGUGAUCAGCGAGGGUAGUUACCUGGAUGUGUCUGACUGGUUAAAUCCUGCCCAGUUGUCCCUCUUCUAUCAGGUGAACUCCAGCUCUCCUUGGGUGCAAGAUCUUUGUGGCCAGAGAACCACAGAUGCCUGUGAGCAAAUUUGUGAGCCUGAGACUGGUGAAUGUAGUUGUCAUGAGGGUUACUCUCCAGAUGCCACUCACCGUCAUCUAUGUGUACGUAGUGACUGGGGACAAAGUCAAGGACCAUGGCCAUAUAACACUCUGGAGAGAGGGUAUGACUUGGUGACUGGCGAGCAAGCGCCAGAGAAAAUCCUAAGGUCUACAUACAGUCUGGGACAGGGCAUAUGGCUUCCUGUCAGUAAAAGCUUUGUAGUACCCCCAGUGGAGCUGUCCAUUAAUCCCCUAGCAAGCUGCAAUACAGAUGUCCUUGUGACUGAAGACCCUGCUGAUGUACGAGAAAAUGCCCUUCUGGCCACUCCGUUUGAAAGUGUUGAUGAUCUCCUCUCAUCCUUCGGCCCAGUGCGAGACUGUUCCCUUGGCAAUGGUGGCUGCUCACGCAACUUCAAGUGUGUCUCAGAACGCAAAAUUGACUCCACAGGGUGUGUGUGCCCUACAGGUCUUAGGCCCAUGAAAGAUGGAAGUGGCUGUUUUGACUACUCAAAAGGCAUUGAUUGCUCUGAUGGGACCAAUGGUGGAUGUGAUCAACUUUGUCUUCAGCAGAUCGUCCCUCAUCCAAUGGAGCCGAAUGAGAGUGCUGUAUACAUGUUCUGCGGUUGUGUAGAGGAAUACAGGCUAGCCCCAGAUGGAAGGUCUUGUCUGAUGCUGACAGAUAUAUGUGAAGGCUCCAAAUGCCUCCGUCCAGAGGAUCGUCUGAAUGAUACAUUGUUUGGAGAAAUGUUACAUGGGUAUGACAACAAGACCCAGAAAGUAAACCAAGGGCGAGUUUUCCAGAUGAGCUUCCGGGAGAAUAACUUCAUUAAGGAUUUUCCGCAGCUGGCAGACGGGUUGCUGGUAAUCCCUCUCCCUGUGGAGGAACAGUGCAGAGGAGUAUUGUCUGAACCAAGGCCUGACCUACAGCAGCUUACAGGAGAUGUAAGAUAUAACGAAGCAAUGGGAUAUCCUAUGGUUCAGCAGUGGCGAGUGCGGAGUAACCUCUACAAAGUGAAACUCAGUUCCAUCUCACUGUCUACAGGAUUUGCCAAUGUGCUGAAGAUUCUAAGCCCUCAAAGUAGCCGUGAAGAUCUACUGAAUGUCUUGCAUCUCUAUGGUUCCCACUAUAUCUCAGAGGCUUUAUAUGGUUCAGAGCUUACAUGCACAAUCCGAUUUCCCAGCAAAAAGGUGCAGCAGCAGUUGUGGCUUCAGUACCAGAAAGAAACUACAGAGCUGGGCAGCAAAAAAGAACUCAAGUCCAUGCCUUUCAUCACAUACCUGUCUGGGCUACUCACUGCACAAAUGCUGUCCGAUGACCACCUGAUAAUGGGAGUAGAGAUCCACUGUGAGGAAAAGGGGAGGUGUCCAUCCAGCUGUCACCUGUGUCGGCGUGCAGGCAAAGAACAAGUUAGCCCAACCCCAGUUCUUUUGGAAAUCAACUGGGUCACUCCGCUUUACAGCCUCAUCCAUGACAAUGCUACAAGAGCGGUCCUUCGAAGUGCAUUCAUGAGUUUAUAUUGGUGUUCAGGAAGAGGAGAAGUCAUUGAAGACUGGUGUCGUUGUGAUUUAAGUGCCUUUGAUGAUAAUGGACUCCCAAACUGUAGUCCUCUUCCUUCACCUGUGUUACGCCUUUCACCAAACAUGGAACCCUCUAGCACUGUAGUAGCUCUGGAAUGGCUAGAUGUUCAGGCACCAAUAGGAACCAAAGUUUCUGAUUACGUCCUGCAUCAUAAAAAAGUGGAUGAAUAUACAGACACAGAACUAUACACAGGAGAAUCCCUGAGCCUUGCCGAUGACUUGUUAUCUGGUUUGGGAACCUCAUGUGUUGCAGCUGGGAGGAGUCAUGGGGAGACGUCAGAAAACAGCCUCUACUCUGUCAUCUUUAAGUGCAUGGAAGCAGACAGUCUCUACAAGUUCACUUUGUUUGCUGUGGAUACACAUGGGAGGCAUUCAGCCCAAAGCUCUGUCACUCUGCGCACUGCCUGUCCGCUGGUAGAUGAUAGUAAAGCUGAAGAAAUAGCUGAUAGGAUCUAUACCCUGUACAAUGGCUACACAAGUGGGAAAGAGCAGCAAAUUGCAUACAACACAUUAAUGGAAGUGUCUGCAUCGAUGCUUCUUCGUGUUCAACACCAUUACAACUCCCUUUACGAGAAGUUUGGAGACUUUGUUUGGCGCAGUGAGGAUGAACUUGGACCUCGUAAAGCACACCUGGUAUUAAGAAGACUUGAAAAAGUCAGUGGUCAUUGCUCAGGCCUUCUACGGAGCGCCCACAUCCAGGGUCGUAUAGACACCAUGCCUUAUCUAAUCUGUCGUAGUGAAGACCUCCGGACCUCAGGAUUUAUUUGGUACAACAUUCUGAAGGAUAACAAGGUGACAUGUGAGGAAAAGAUGGUGCCAAUGUCUCGUAAUAUGUAUGGAGACUCCAAAGGCCGAUGAGCCUGCCUGCGGUUUCUAGCCUACUCUGAAUGGAGGCUGUUUGUAGCAUUAAAGGUCAUGCCAGGGUCAAGUCAUUAACAGCCAAGAUAAUGUCAAGCAACAAUGUGACUUUUAUAAUACAGAAACAAAGGCGCUGUUGAGACUCCUUAUACGUUUUUACGAGUGCAUUUUUCCCCCCAUUUUUUUUUUAUAUUUUGUUACAGUUCCCACUACCGGAGGCUCUGGAAAGGCCCUGAGCUUAAGAAAAACACCGGACUCAAGAACUGUAACUAGAGAAGUGUGCUUUACCAGCUAGUGCGCUGAGGCACUGCUACAAAUUCCCCUCCAGAGGUGGAGUUUCUUUUGAAUUUAGUUUUUCGAAUUAAUGUGAAAACGAUAAAGGAAACUUUUUUUUUUCCUAACAAACUCAGUCCUGUGUGUGUAGAACUAUACCCAGGCACUGACAAGCUCUGUGAAUUAAACAUCUGCCUCCCGUAUAAACAAUUGAGUGUUCUGGGCUAUUGAUUUUUCUGGGUGAUGCUUUUAGAUCGGGCAAAUAUGAAGCCUACUGGAGUUGUGUAUUACGUGGUACUAUGGGCAAGUAAGUGCUAACCAUGAAAAAUUCCAUUUAUGCAAAAAGAAUUGCACUUACUUUUCUCAUAGUACAAUGAAUGAAUGAAUGGGGAAGCUGAUCUUAUUUCAUCCAUGUGACAUGGGCUGGAUGUAAUGAUAUCUAAAUGAAAAAUAAAAAAAUGCAAUAUCUA